AAGCAACACAGAAACACUAGAAAAAUGUUUUAUUCGUAUAAUUCUAAAAUAUUCAUCCUACAACUGUUACGUUUUUGGCGAUUUAUAAUUUAAAAAAAAAUUCUUGGCUCUUUUUCAGUUGAGUAAAUAAUAUACAAUUGUAUUUUUUCCAAAUCAUUAUGUUUUAUUUUCGUUGAAAAUUUUGGUGUAGUAGGAACUAUAUUGAUAAUAACAUGUUAGAGUCACUGCGCCCGAAAAUCUUUUUUUGUUUUUUUUUAUUCCGGGAUCAAUCAUCCCGAGAAUAUUAUUUAAUUAGGAAUUCGAAGGUCGAACGAGCAUUGUGCGCGGUUAUCAAUCAUCGCAGUGACCACGGCGGUGGUAACCCAGACCAGGGCAAUCGGCCGGACAUCACACGCCGUCUUCGUCCACUCAGUAGACCCGAGACGCGCUGGUCGGACACGCGUGUUGACCGGUCCUGUAUAAUAUGAUGGCGGAACUUCGUUUGCCGUCCGGAGCUGCGGCCGUCCUCGUGGCCGGACUGUUGUCGUUGAUAUUUUGUUCGCUGCCGUCGUCAGCGGUCGGCGUUCUGAGCACAGUGAGUACGCAGUAUACACCCUACAUAAUUAUUAGGGAAAAUGUUUACAUGCCCUAAAAACCUUAAAAUAUCUAUGUACAGAUAGACACUAAAAAUACCAAAAUAAGCAAAAUAAUAUUUUGUUUCUACAGAAUCGUUGGGUCAUGAAAGGCAUUUUGAUACAAACUAGCUAUUUACUUGAUCGAUCAAUACAAAUAUACUAAAGCGUAUAAAUAUCUGUUUUCAUAAUAAUUAUAAUAUAUACCUAUGCAUAACACGAACCAUAAAUUUCUGAUUUAAACGACCGACCAAUAGGUUAGCCUAUCCACUAACCUAUCAUCCACAAGCCUCUGCCUUGUCGCCUCACACAUAGAGGUAUGCGCACAAGAAGAAGAAUACAACACAAUAAUAAAACUAUAAGGUACAUACAUCAUCGAAGAUUGCCCCAGAACACGUUUUGAAAAUUAGCUAAACAAAUUGUAUGUAGCAGAAUUGAACAGUUUCAAAAAGUCGAACGGAUUAAAAAUACUAACAGUUAAUACGGGGUAGAAUGUCUUGAUAUCAAGGCAUUCUAAUACGGGUUGUGUAAUUGUUAUUGUGUUAUCUAUACAUAUAUUUACUAUCUAUUAUUUAUAAACUUAUUUAUCUAAUCUACAGAUUGAACUAUUCAGUUUAUUUUAUGAUAAUUGUUUUGUUUUUUUUACUAUUUACCAAUGUACAUUUAUAAUUAAGAUAUUAUACUUAAUUUUGUUUUUGCUGAUUUAAUAAUAAAGCCAUAUGCUAGUAGUAGUAACACAAUAAUAAUAUGCACGGAUUUACGGGUUGAAAAUAUACAAAUGGAUUAAAUGGCAACAAUAAAAAUAAAUUCAUUGUUUCGGAUUUGACUCGAAUUAUACGUGAAUUUCGUAUUAUAAUACGAAAAUUGAAUUUUAGAUUCUGAAUAUUGGUUUCUCUUAAAGUACUUAUUAAUUAAUAUUAUUAUAUGAUGUUUUUUUUUUCACUUCCCAAACGAUUUCGACCGGAAAACUUGCUCCGAUCAUCAUACAUUUUAGAAACUAGGGAAUUCCUAGUAGCAAUUUUUAUUUAGUCAGUUUAUUUGGGAGGUAAUUUAUCGAAAUUCUCAAUACUUUUUUUAAUAGAUUAUAGGAAAAACUAACAACACAAUAUAAGUUAAAAAGUAUAUAAACUAUAUAAAAGUUGGAUUUUGAAAAUUUAAAUUUCAUUUCCAUACAGGGAAUUAUUGUUUAAUUUUUAUUGUUUUUAUUUCUGGAUUUACCUUCCUUGUAAAGCAAACUUACGGAUAACCUGCAGUUAAACUAAUUCAUUUUUUUGUUUACAACGAUUCAUCGUUGCUUUCCAUGUAUUUACUUAUCAAAACUAAAUUACAAAUACUAAUUCAAAUUAGAUUCUAUCCCUUAAACAACUUUCCAUCUACAAAAGAUACCUAUCCAAAGUGUGAUAUAUUUCUGGCUCUUUUUUUUUUCUAAAAAUCUAAAACACUAUAGUUUUAUUUUCUUAUUUUGAUUUGGAAACCGUACCACGUAAAGAUAAAUUACGAUAACUCUGUAAAACGUGUAAAAAAUACCAUUGCUUAAAACUGUACGAGUACACUAUGUCUACCGAAAAAAAAAAAUGAAGCGUAUAUAAGUACGUUUAAUCGACAUCUAUCUAAUAGCCGGUGAUACAUUAGGUACAUAUUGUACGUCUCGGAGGAAUUUUGUGUACACGCUGAACUCGUCUAAAAAAAUAAUCAAAAGCUCGUAUUACAUUUUCUUUAAUUAAUAAUAGACGUUUUGAAAAAUCUCAAAAAGGACACGAGUUGUCGUAGAUGUUUACAUAUAAAAUGCUGAUACCAAUGAUGAGUGUGUAUGUUUUAACGUAGUUGGAUGAUUUAACAGGAGAAUAUAUAUAGAAUGAUACAGUGUAUUGCCUAGUUAUAAAUUCCCCUUUGUUACCAAAAUAACCCAGGGAUUAAAAACAUUUUAUAAACAAUUACCAGUGUUUCCCAUUAAUUAGGCAAACAAUAAGUAAAACUACAAAAAAAAUGACCUCUUCGAUGCACCAAUUAGAUCAGAAAUACUACAAGAAAGUUUGUAUCAAGUUUUUAAUUGGAGCAAGAUUUUUGAUAAAAAAGUUAUUGACGGAAAUAAAAAACCAAUCAUAGUAACACACCGAUACAUUUCCUUACUUCGCUUAGAAUCUAAUACUGCCACUAUGAUCAUAGAUUGAAAUUUAAUAAUUGUAUGUUUAAUCUAUAUACUAUUACUAAAUUCCAUCUCCACAAGCUCUUUUUUUUAAAAUUAACGAUUUCCUGAUUACGCGUUUAUAGAAUAACGAAUUAAUUUCAGCCUAGUCAAUUUAUAAUUUACAACUGCAUACAUAAUAAAAAUAAUAAUUAUAGCAGAGUUUUUAUUUGCCACGGUAAAUAAUUACUAUAGUACCGUCAAUUUCUUUUCAAGGGUCAACUAAUUAAUAAUCACGGUCAUCCGGCGUACGGUAAGCACACCGUAUUCACCGAAGAUGGUUACCUGAUCAACUUGUUUCACAUUGAAGGUAACGACGGCCCACCGUUUUUGUUGCUUCACGCGUUCAUGGGAGCGUCCGACCAAUGGUUUCUGAGAGACGAAAAUCACGAUUUACGUAAGUAUAUGUAUAUUAUAAUAUAGAGGUAAUUAUUGUGUAUAUUACAGGGGCUAUACUAAAUAGUGAUUGGGACAAUAAUGGUUAUUUGUGAAUCCAAAAUUCUGUUUCACAAAUUCAAGAAUUAAUAAUUUAAACGAUUUAAGGUGGCAUUUUGUUUACAAAAGUAUAUCGAGGAAGGAGGUGGUUUAACAAUAAAUAAUAUUUCUAUAGAGGGGGUGGAGACAUACAAAAUCUAGACACGCCACUGGUCAUAUUUCACAUCCUCACAUCACUAUAAUAUUAUAGUUCACAAUAUCUAUUAUACUGGGACAAUCUGUUCAUCAGGAUUAGGAAUAAGCGAUUUUCUGGGAGGAAUUUAACUUUCGAUUUUUUUUCAGUCAUUAUGGAAUCGCUUAAGCUUUAUUCAAGCACUAUUUUCAAUUAUUCAACUCCUUUCUUCUUAUACCUUAAAUGAGUAUAUAAAUAAUUUGUAUUGACAAAUAGUACGUCGAAACUUAAAUAGCACUUUAAACACUGUAGAUUCGGUUUGAGAAUAUUUUUAAAAAAAAUCUUAGAAUACACAAUAUUACACUAAUAUCAGAUUAACCGUUUAUGGGUUAUAACAGUUUAGACCGGUGAAGUGGGACGGGGGAAAGUAUAGAAGGACGAAUCCUCCUACCUAACCCAACCUAGUCUAAAUGUUUAAUAAUUUUAAAUUUGUCGAAAAUUGUUUUGUUAAAUCAAAUAUUGAACUGAAAAAUAUUUUUUCAUUGAUAAUAAAGAGUUAAUUUGUAUUUAUAUUCUAAUUAAUUGUAAUGUUUUUAUUUUGUUUUUUUGUUUUUAUAUAUAUUACAUUGUAUGUUCGGAGACCCCCCCUCCUUUCACCACAAGCUUGUUUAAAUAGAGGGUUCAUCAACUGAUACAUUAUAUCGUACUCAUGUUUACAUUUUGUUAUCUUUUUUAGUUGAAAUAAAUAAAUAAAUGAAAUGUAGUCAUAUUUUUAGAUUCUGAUUAGAACAAAGCUUAUAGUUAGGUUUUUUUUGUUCUGUAGACAACUUUUCUGCCAGGAAAAUCUAUGUGGGGAGUUACUUUGAAGAGGUCAUUUUUCGAUUUUCUCGAGAACUUUCUCAACAAAUGUGAAAAACCGAAAAAAAAAACGGAGGAAAAGCGGGAAAAUGUAAGAAAUGUAGGUAUUAACUAAAAAUAUUAUGGCCUUAAUUUUCCUGUGGACAUCUUUCCUACCAGCAAUUUUGCUCCAACUAAUAAUGCUAGCAAUUUUUCUAAAAAUAAAUCUCACCGGGGAGGCACUUUAGAGAGGUCGUUUUUCGAUUUUUCAAGAGUUUUCUUAACAAAUGUGAAAAACCGAAUAAAAACAUAGGAUAAACGGGAUCCAUUUUAAUUUUGGAAUUAGAAUAAUUGGAAUUAUACCAUAAUAUGACAUAUAUAUUGUUAAAAAAGCAGCAUUAUCAACUGAACUCCGCUCAGAAUCGUAUUUUCGAUAGCAAUGGUUUAUUGUUGCUUACAGGUGUACAUUAAAUUGCUUAUAUUAGUAGCUGCACCCGACCCCAUUAUCCUAGGACGUCUUUUUCUCAAUAGUUUUAAUUUUUAUGGAAUUCGGAAAUAUUACGGCUUUUCAAAUCAUGUAUAAACAUGUUUAAGCAUCGUUUUUCGUUAUCAUUGAUUUAUCGUUGCUUACAGAUAAAAUUAAAUAACUUUAUGUAUCGUACCUCACUAUCACCCCACCUAAAAUAGUAGCGCACCCAUCAGAAGUAUCAGCUCAUUUUGUUAAUUUAUAUUAUACAAGCGUUAAAAAAUAUGUACAGUGAAAUUCUAAGGAAAAUAUUAAAGUUCCUAUUUUUUUUUUCUUACAUGUAUUUAUUAAUUUUUAUGUAAACACAUUAAAAAAGUUAUUAUAAUAGACAAUGAUAUAAAUAAAAUAAAAUAAAUGUUACUAUUAUAUUCAUAUAAACAAUAUGAAUUAUUUUAAAGCAAGUAUCAGUUUUUUCAAAUUUUUUUUGUUUGACAAAUUAAUGAAUUAUUUUUUCCUUAAAUGAUUAAAUGAUAAUUUUUUUUCGGGACAAUAUAUGAAACUUUCAAAAUGAAAUAGGAAUCUAAGUACUCUUUUCUAUUUUGCGCUACUUUAUGUCUUCGGAAAGGGUUAUCAUUUAUCAAUUUUAACAUCCGAAAAUGGAUAUGAAGUAGUUAAUAACUCUUUCCUAUUCCUUCGUUCCAUUUAAAAAUAAAAAGUUUAUAAUAAUUUUCUUUAUACCACUGUGUUUUAUAGCUUCGAUUUUAAUGAAAAAUGGAUAUGACGUUUGGUUGGGCGAUUUCAGAGGAAACUUGUAUUCCAAGGGACAUUCACGCUUCAACGUAUCCGACCCGGAGUAUUGGAAAUUCAGGUAGGUACAAUAUUCAAAUAAUGAAACAUUUGUACUCGAUAUACAAUUCGUCACGAUAUAAGAGCAAGGUCGCCAACCUAGAACCGAAGUUCGAAAACCGGAGUCUGGGAUUUUUGUUAUGGUAGAAAAGGGAAAAUUACAUUCAUCUAAAAAAACACAUGUUUUUUUUUUUUUGGGGGGGGGGGGAUAAUGAAUAAUUAUUUUAUUAAAUCAUUAAUCAUCAAAUAAAAUUAGAGUUGCGUUGUUGUGACAGAAAAGCCCAUGGCAUAAAAACUGUCAACCACGAGAAAGUGAAUAAUAGAUGAGAUUUUACAUAGGUACAUCGAUAGAUAUAUACAUAGAAUGAUAGGCACAUAUGUUUUAAAUACAUAAAUAUAUAUAUAUAGGGUGACUGGAGCGUCAACCAGUCUGAUGACUUAUAGUCCGGACGCAUGUAUUGAUACAACGGGAGCGUGUGGGCCGGGACUUACUACUGGUUAUUAAUAAUAACGAAUUCACAUCCACGUGCGCGUAGAUCGAUAUAUGUAUAUUUAGAGACGGACCUCCACGUGGAAUUUCGUGGACACAGUAUAUAUUUUGGGAGACCCCAGCAGGGAUGUGAUGUUUGCCAGAUCACACAUAUUACAACCGGGAAGGGCAGCUGAGAGCUUUUAUUCCAGAUUGAUUGGUCCGCGGUUAUGGUGGCCCUACGGGUUAACCUGCGGGGUGCGUCCGAACACGGAUCGCGGGAUGGGGAAAUCGAUCGAUAUUAUAUAGAUUUUUUAAAUACGCACACACACACGUGGUUGCGAAGCCGAGUGCUCCAAAAGAGAAUACGAAAAAAUAAAGAAACGAAAUGCGGAGGGGGGAGUGGGUUGCCUGUUGCAAAUAGGAUGUGGAACGCGGGGAUUACUACACUGAGACGGACGAACAGACUUAAUUAGCGCUGGUCGAUUCCCGUAGGUAUAACGGAAGAAUUUAACAUGGGCAAAAUAUUGUAUCAUACACGACAUACACAACGCGUAUACAAACGGGAAAGCAUUGUGUUGGGAGGAGUGUAUAUGAUGUUGAACGAUUGUUCGAGAGAAAAAAUAAACAUUUUAAACAAAGUAUUUAAACGGGGGACAUUAACUAAACUAACUUAAAACUACCUAACUACCUAAUUGUCCGGUUUAACUAGACGGGGUAUCGGUCAAUUAUUAAAUUACAUAUAUAUAUAUAUAUAUAUAUACAUUACCAAUCAUCUCGCCCGAAGAUGUCCGCUCAGCGGACUAGAUCGCGGGACUCACUUCAUUAGUUCGUUUUUGAGGCACCAUCAGGACAGGAAACAUGCCAAGGUAUACGACCUUUCUUAAUGGCAAACAGUAUGCGAAAACCCGCACAGUACGGGAGUGUUUUACCAAAGAAAACUGUAUUAAGUGACCGUCUGAUGACGAAGUCUCGAGACGAAGUCCGAACACGAAGAGAGAAAAGGACGAACAACAAACCGGGCAGCGGAGCGCCGAGACGUUCGUGACACACGUCGCCGUGGGCCGACGUUUAUAGCGAUAAGGGGAAACGUGAUAUGAUUGGCCGUUAACCCGUAGUCAGAAAUAUAAUAUUAUUGUAAAUUACGAAAGAUUGCGAUCGCAUGGACCUUUUCUCGGGGGGGGGAGGGGGAUUAUUGAUCACGGUUACAUAACAUGUACGUCGCCGCGGGCCUAAUCUAUUAACCGGUCGAUUAUAUUGAUUGUAGUUACGUUCGUUCUACGAUAACGGAUAAUGAUCGUUUUUGGACGUUACAAGAUACUUAACUUAUUAGCUUUUAACGCGUUGAUGCUCAACAUUGCUUUUAUUCUACCAGUUUUACAUUCUUGUCAUCCCACACGUCUCUCUGUAUAGUGUAUCUACCGAUUAUCAUCUACCAUUCUCCUCUAAAUAUCCCCUUUUAUAAUAUAUACCUCCCCUAUAAAAACCUCUAUCCGGUUUUUUCCCGGGCCUAUACAAUUAUUCGCCGCGGCUUUCGUCUACACUUAGGUAUAUUAGCUCGCCCACGUCUCAUCGCUUUUCCGUCUCUGUCACGACCUAUAGCAAUUUUUCUCGUCUUUUGCAGCGUGGAUGAGUGGGCAUUUUACGACGUGCCGGCCAUGAUCGAUUUCGUAUUGUCGCGAACGUACGGCCGACACGAUCGUCUGUACCUGGUGACGUACUCGUUGAGCAGCGCAAUAUUCCUGGCCACCGCGUCAGCCAGACCCGAGUACAACGAAAGGGUGAUCGUUAGCUAUCACUUGGCCCCGUUCAUGGCUUUCUCCGGCAUCAGGUCAGCCCUGUUGCAGUUCGGCAUGCGUUUUGGGGAAAUGUAUUUGGUCAGUAUUUAUACUAAUACUAUUGGUUAAGUAGGUAUUAAAAAAAAAACUAAAAUAAUUGUAACAUUAAUAAUAAAUAAAUCAUAAGUCAUAAAACAUUAUACAAAAUAAUCAAACAACUCAACCUAUACCAUUAUUGCAUCGGGCGGAAAUAUCCAUCUUUUACGGUAAGUACUAACAGCGUGUAAAAGUUUAAGAGGAUUUUUACUAACUGAAAAAAUGGUCACAGAUAUGUACCAGUAGAAAAUAAAACCUACCAAAGCCGAUUGUGAACGACUUGUAAAAUAGUAUUUAAUUGUUUCAGACAAUAGCACGAAACAAAAAGAAAUUCGAAUUGUUUCCGCGAAACUAUUUGACGAAGAAUUCACUGUCGCUGUUUUGCGGUCAAAAAUCUGUUUUCUUGAACAUGUGCGUGUCCAUACUAUCAGAAUUUUUCGGAUUUGACACUUCUGGAAAUUCUACUGUGAGUGUAUAGGAUUUUCUCUUUGAUAUCACGUACGUUAUUGAACAUUUUCUCGUAUGAUUUCAGAUGGAUCUAGAUUUCAAAUUGAUUUACUCCAGGGCUGGCGUAUCAUUGAAUAGUGUCGACCAUUUGCUGCAAAUGAUUAGAAAGAGUGAGUAUACAUUUAUAAUUCAAUACCUAUAUUAUAUAUAAUAUACCGAUUAUAAGUGAACAACUGAUGAGUACCUAGUGAAUGCACAGUUUGACUAGAAAACUACUUAUGAAUCUAUAUUUUUUAGAUAAAUUUCAACGUUAUGAUUUGGGAUAUGAAAAUAACAUGAUAAAAUACGGCCAACCAGAACCACCGGAAUACGACCUACGAAAAGUCACGUCCCCCGUCGUAUUAUUUUACAGCAAGAAUGACAGGGUCGUUGACGUAAACGUAAGACAUCUCAUAAUAUUAACAUUAUUAUUAUACAUGUCCUUAGAUAAUAGACAUUUUUUUAGUAAAGUGCUUUUACUUAUUUUAGAGUUUUGUUGGGGCUAUAGUUAUAUUAUUACACAGAAUAUCUUACAGUGUUAUUCAUUAUGGAGUUAUGUUAAUAAUUCUGUCAAUAUUCAUUUUUUUUUCAAUCAUGGUUUGUGCGAGGAAGACACAUAAAUAGAAAAAUAUUAAAUUUAUAUUUUCAUCCCUUAAUUAUCAAAACAAAAAAAAACCAUUUUUUAUUUUAGCACUUUUUAAAAUUAUUAAAAUAGCCACUUUAUAAAAGAUAUUAUUUUAGAAAUUUUAAUGUUACAUACAUUCAUAUCCGAUCAAUAGUUCCUUAGUAAUAGCUAUUUGAAAUUCUGGAAAAUUGGUGUGGAAACCACUAGUUUUCAAUAGAAUAAUACGCGUUAAGCGAUAGGGAAUCACAAUCAGCACAGUAAUUCCUUAUCUUCUAUUGAAUAUUAAUGAUUGCUUUCACGCUUAUUUUCUAUAUAUUAAAAUCAUUAUAACUAAGAAACAAUUUAUCGGAUAUGAAUGUAACUUAACAAUUUAUAGAAUAAUAUAGGUAUUUUACAAAAUUACUAUAUUGAAAAUUUUAAAAUGAGGAAAAAUAAAAAAAUUUUCUUCUUAGUGAUUAAGGGAUGGAAAUAAAAAUAAAUAUUUUUCUCUACAUAUGUGUUCCCUUUGCCUAAAAUCCAAUUUAAAAAAAUGAAUAUUGAUUAGUUACCAUAAGGAUAACAUUGUAGGAUAAUUUAUAUUUGACUACUAGAUUGUAUCUUUAAUAUUCAAUUAAUUCAAUUUUUUUUUUAUACAGACUAUAUACAAACUGAUCUCGGUUCUACCUAACAUCUAUCAAACAAUAAAUAUUCCUCAUAAAACAUUCGGUCAUAUAGACUAUGCGUUUAACUCGAAUGCUAAGAAACUAGUAUUUGAUUCAGUUAUAAAUAUCACCAGACAAUUUAGAACUGCUCAAAGUCAUGUUCAAAGAUCUUAUGAUUACUAUUAUUAUUAAUAUGUGGACAUUGUUUGUACAACUUAAAAGUACAUAAUGUUGAACUUAUAUUUUUCAUUUAGCAAAUAUCUUUGCUGCAAUCGAUCAUGUUUGUAGCAAUAGCUUAUUAUAAUUUAUUAUUAUUAAAUAUAAUAAUUUGUGUUAAUAUUACAUUAUUUUAAACUUUAAACCGCUAGAUAAUAAAACAUAAUAUAAAUCAAAUUAAU